ACGUGUUUAAACCUCUUGGAAUCUCUUGGCGAUUCCCAGUCAUGGAGGUAGCGCAGCCCAAGGACCUGGAGCAGGAGUUUCGCUUGGCCAGGAGGAGGCAUGCGGAGCUGUGCAGGCAGAAGCGGGUCUUCAACGCCCGGAGCAGGAUCAUCGGGGGAGACACAGAAGCCUGGGAUGUUCAGGUUCAUGACCAGAAGAUAAAGGAAGCAACUGAAAAAGCUAGACAUGAAACCUUUGCUGCUGAAAUGAGGCAAAAUGACAAAAUCACAUGCAUAUUAGAAGACCGGGAAAGGAGAGAUAGGAAAAAUCUGUGUAAAGCCAUCAAUGACUUCCAGCAGCGCUUUCAGAAGCCAGAAACUCGCCGUGAAUUUGACCUAUCUGACCCGCUAGCCCUUAAGAAAGAUCUUCCAGCCCGGCAGUCAGAUAAUGAUGUUCGGAAUACAAUAUCGGGAAUGCAGAAAUUCAUGGGAGAGGAUUUAAACUUCCAUGAAAGGAAGAAAUUCCAAGAGGAACAAAACAGAGAGUGGUCCUUGCAACAGCAAAGGGAAUGGGAGAAUGCCCGUGCCCACCAAAAAUGUGCAGAGGACCUCUACAUGAAGACAAGGCUGCAGUUUGACCAAACAGCCAUGCAUUUACAGAAUCUGGAAAGUGCCACCAGAAAGGCGGUUUGUGCAGCAGUGAAAGAAUUCAACAAGAGCCAGGCCUUGGAGUCAGCGGAAAGGAAAAUUCAAGAGAAAAAACAAGAACAAGAGGACAGCCUGGCGGAGAUCUCCAACCUCCUGCGUGGGGACCUGCUCUCCGAGAACCCGCAGCAGGCAGCCAGCUCCUUUGGGCCCCACCGCGUGGUCCCUGACCGCUGGAAGGGCAUGACCCGGGAGCAGCUGGAGCAGAUCCGCCUGGUUCAGAAGCAGCAAGUCCAGGAGAAGCUGAGGCUGCAGGAAGAAGAGCGCCAGCGAGACAUGGACUGGGACCGGCGGCGGGUUCAGCGGGCGCGCGCCGUCCUGUUGUCUGAGCGGCAGCAGCAGCGGCAGCAGCGUGACCUGCGCAGGGCCCUGGACUGCAGCAACCUCAGCCUGGCCAAGGAGCAGCUUCUGCAGAAAAAAUAUAUGAAGGAAGUCUAUACAAAUCAUCCCACUGAAGAUUAUUUCACACAAUUUAAUACAAGAAGUCGAUGAUGAAAA